AAUGUUGUGCUCUGAUCUCCCAGUAGAUAUUUCAGCUUGCAAUUGAGCGCUCGGACAUAGAGAAUACAUAUUAUACAGGCUCAAGAUAUUUUUUAUCACUUUCAUUAAAUUUGUAUUAUUUAAAUUUAUUGCGAAAAAUGAAUAUGAAGAUAUUACCGUUGCAUCAGUUGUUACAUACGCUGGCCUGGCUGGAGGGCAUAUGGAUAACGGAGGAGCCCGCAGUUGGAAUAUACCCGACCAUUAAAUCGUUCAAUUAUUACGAUGAGAUAAAUAUCACGUCCAUAGGCCAACCGUUGUUUAAUUACAUUGCGCAGAGUUGGCAUCCGGAAACGGGAACGCCGAUGCAUCGAGAGACCGGUUUCUUGCAGAUUAUACCGGGGACCAACAAGAUAGCUCUAAGUUUGAUUGAUAAUAUAGGUCUAUUCACAGUCGAACAGGGUGAGCUGAUGGAUGAUAUGAAAACAAUUGAUUUAAAUAGUACCAAUAUAUUAGCGACAGAUGCAGCGAUACCGACUUUUCCAACUUUAACGCAGACGCGUCGAGUGUUCAAAUUCGACGGUGAUAGUUUGGAAUUAAUCUUUUACAUGGCAACGUCAAAAACUCCAGAACUGACGGAACAUUUGCGUGCGAAGUAUAAGAAAGUCGAAUAAGACACGAAUUAAUGCUUUUCACGUUUGGUAGUAAUUAUCUGACAAGUAGAGAAUAUAAAAUUUUCGAAAGAUGCGGAAUGUAAACGCAUUCUUCGAUAUAGUUAAUAAAUGUAUAACAAAAAGUAGAUCUACUUUAACGCAACGUAAUAUACUAAUAUUAAUUUGCACAAAGUUAUAUACACAUUUUUUGUCUUCAAUUUUACCAAGAUAAAUCAACUAAAUAAAAGGUCGGAGGUCGGCGCAUAUAAUAUC